AAAGCCCGCCAAGAAAUCAAAAGUUUACCCUGCUUCUUUGUGCCAAAGAGGCUCAAAGGACGAAAUCUCAGCGAGGACGCCAAAGAGAGUUGGAGGAUUUCUUUCUCUCACAUUGAGAAGAAAAUCAUCACAAGCCACGGCAACAAGAAAACCUGCUGUGAGAGCAAUGCCACCAAAUGCUGCCGUAAGCAGUGCUUAAUGCUCCUCAAGUCUGUGAUUGAGGGCCUGAAACAACGUUUUCCCAAAGAGCUGGAUAACCUCUGCUCGUACCACGGGAAAACCGCCUUCCUCCACACCCUGUCCAUCAGGUUCAGUGACUCAAUGUGGGCCCGUCAGCAGCUUCCUGCCUGCUUCCUGCACCUCCUCGGGGCUCUGGAGGACCACGCUCGCAGUGGCGAGCUUCCUCACUUCUUCGUCCCCAACUGCAACCUCUUCUCCCCGACCAUCUUCCCCCGCAAGGCGCUGGCUUUCCUCACCAACGCCCUAAUGGAGCAGAGGAGGGAGGGCCUGCCCCUGCUGAAGCCCCCAGCUCCAGUCCCACCCCUGAGACUAAUGACUCCUUUAGCAGAUAUCUCCACUGAGAUAUCCUCAGAUAACUCGUUCUUAUUGUCUGUAGUUUCUACUCUAGACUCUGCAUUUAUGAAGAAACUGGCUGUAAUGUUUGCUGUAGGUUUGGUUUGUGUCCUAUAUCGUAUAUAAGUGAUGGGAAAGAGGAUCCACAAUGAACAUAUUAAAUGUUACACUGUUUUCACAAAGUAUUUAAAUUAGGUGAAAACCAGUAAUGAAGAGUGUUUGGCUCAUCAAUUUCCCUCAUUUACUUAAUCAAUAGUGACACUGAAGGAGACAUAUACUGAACAAAAUAAUAAACACAACACUGUUUUUGCCCGCGUUCAUCAUGAGCUGAACUCAAAGAUCUCAGACUUUCUCUAUGUACACAAAAGGCCUGUUUCUCUCAAAUAUUGUUCACAAAUCUGUCAAGAUCUGUGUUAGUGAGCACUUCUCCUUUGCCGAGACAACACACAUAUUUAGUUUAUCUAUUCUUUCAUUCCUUUUUGUGUAUUUUCUUAAAUUAAAGUCACCUUUUGUUUUAAUGUAAAA